AAAAAAAAAAAAAAAGAGCAUAUAUAUGCAUAACAAAGAAAAAAACAAAAAAAAUAAUGGAGAGCGGAUCGAAAACUGACAAAUCGCCGUUCCGAGUCGAAGAGCAAGCUUCGACGUCGGCGCCGCCGGAGCCGAGCCCGUUAUGGAAGAUCAUAGUGGUGGCGUCGAUAGCCGCCGGAAUCCAAUUCGGGUGGGCCCUACAGCUGUCGCUCCUCACUCCAUACGUGCAGCUGCUGGGAAUCCCGCACAAGUACUCUUCUUUCAUUUGGCUUUGCGGUCCCAUUUCCGGCUUGAUCGUUCAGCCGCUAGUGGGAUACUACAGCGACAAUUGCACCAGCCGUUUUGGCCGCCGUCGACCCUUCAUCGCCGGCGGGGCCGCCCUCGUCAUCUCCGCCGUCAUCCUCAUCGGAUUCGCCGCCGAUAUAGGCCGCGCUGCCGGUGACCCCCUAGGGAAAACCUCCAAACCCCGCGCCAUUGCCAUUUUCGUCGUCGGGUUUUGGAUCCUCGAUGUCGCCAACAACAUGUUACAAGGUCCAUGUAGAGCGUUGCUGGCAGAUCUCUCGGACGGGAGCUCGGAAAGAACACGGACGGCGAACACGCUGUUCUCGUUUUUCAUGGCGGUCGGAAACGUGCUAGGAUACGCCGCGGGUUCCUACCCCAACCUCCACAAGAUUUUCCCGUUCGCACUGACAAGCGCGUGCGAUGCCUACUGCGCCAACCUGAAGAGCUGUUUCAUAAUCUCCGUAGUCCUAUUGCUGGUCGUGACCGUCUUGGCAUUGGUUAGCGUGAACGAAACCAAGUACACAAAGCAAAACUCGCAAGGAGGAGAGGGAGCAAAGAUAGCAUUCUUCGGGGAGCUUUUCGGGGCCCUGAAGAGUCUCCCGAGGCCCAUGUUUAUCCUCCUCGUGGUCACGGCCCUCAACUGGAUCGCCUGGUUCCCUUUCAUCUUGUACGACACGGAUUGGAUGGCCCGCGAGGUUUAUGGCGGCCAGGUCGAUGAUAACGGGCUGUAUAACAGCGGGGUCCGGGCGGGCGCUCUGGGCCUCAUGCUUCAGUCGGUGGUUUUGGGGUUUAUGUCGAUUGGGGUGGAGCUUCUUGCGCGGCAUCUCGGCGAAGUGAAAACGCUGUGGGGUGGGAUUAACUUCAUCCUGGCCGUCGGUUUAGCCAUGACGGUUUUGGUUACCAAACUAGCGGCGCACUCCCGCCGGUAUGACGCGAGCGGCAACGUCCUCCCGCCGAGUCCCGGCAUCAAGGCCGGAGCUUUGGUCAUCUUUUGCGUUCUCGGCAUUCCUCUAGCAGUGACAUACAGCAUUCCAUUUGCUCUGGCAUGCAUCUUUGCAAGUGAUGAAAGUAAUGGUUCUGCAGGGCAUGCCGGGCUCUCCCUAGGUGUUCUCAAUCUUGCCAUCGUGGUGCCGCAGAUGUUCGUGUCAUUCCUAAGUGGACCUUGGGAUGCAGUGUUUGGAGGUGGGAAUUUGCCGGCGUUCUUAGUGGGUGCGGUGGCUGCGGCCAUUAGUGGAGUAUUAGCAAUCACAAUGCUUCCAUCGCCUCGACCAGAUCCCAAGCUAAUUGUGAUACCCUAGCCAUUAUUAUUAUAUUUGUUAUAUAUGGGCAAAUCUACUGUUUCAUUUAGUUUGUACUACGAUGAGGAGUAUACCAAAUUUGUUUGUAUCAUUUUUAUUAAUCAGUGCUUCAAUUUCGGCUGUACUGGAAUGGAAAGGUCAAAUCCAAACCCUUCAUGCUCUCUCUAGUAUGCGUCAUGUGUAAUGACUUUGAAACUAAAUUUAUAG